AAAGGAGAAACCCUAGACUGAGUCUGGUUACUUGAAGGGGAUCAUGUGAAUACGUCGACUGGUAAAGAAAGAAAGAUUGCUGCUUUUUAGAUUUAGAUUCGAGAAUGUAUGGAAGAUCUGGUCUUGACAGGUUUAAGAAGUCCCAAACUUCGGAACCCUUCUCUGUAUCAGCAAAUCCUCCUCCGGUGGUACAACAACAUCUGUCUCCGGAGGCAUUGUCGGGGCAAAAAACUCAGAUUGGAGCUGGUCAAUCAAACUGGCAUCCCCCUGAUUGGGCGAUUGAGCCUCGUGCCGGUGUCUACUCUCUGGAAGUUGUGAAAGACGGCCAGAUCCUUGAUCGGAUUCAUCUAGAUAGACGAAGGCAUAUCUUCGGGAGACAACAUCAGACUUGUGAUUUUGUCCUUGAUCAUCAGUCUGUUUCCCGCCAGCAUGCCGCAGUUGUUCCUCACAAGAAUGGCAGCAUCUUUGUGAUUGACUUGGGAUCAGCUCAUGGUACGUUUGUUGCAAAUGAGAGGUUGACUAAAGAUACUCCUGUAGAGCUUGAAGUGGGUCAAUCCUUACGAUUUGCUGCCUCCACAAGAAUCUACCUUCUGAGAAAGAACAGUGAGGCUCUCUUUUCUCGCCCUCCACCUCCAGCUGAGAUUAAGCUUCCUCCACCUCCUGAUGCUUCUGAUGAGGAAGCUGUUGUUGCUUACAAUACCUUGCUGAAUCGAUAUGGUUUAAGCAAUGGAGAAUCUGGUGGUAUGUUAGGGAAAAGGAAAGAGAAGACCGGAUCAGAAGCGGGAGUGGCUAAGAGGAUGAAGAAAGUGAGAGUGAGCUUCAGGGAUCAACUAGGAGGAGAGCUGGCUGAGAUUGUUGGCAUGUCUGAUGGAGCAGACGUGGAAACAGAGCCUGGUCCUAUAAAUGUCAAAGAAGGAAGCCUCGUUGGGAAAUAUGAAUCACUGGUGCGAGUGACACUCAUACCCAAAGGCAAAGUGAAGGAAGAGAAAGCCUUUACAGGAGGAACAAGAGGAGGUGUAACAGAUCGACUCCAGGAAGCUAUGAAUAUGUUGAAACGGGGUCCAAAAACAGGGAUUUACGAUGACCUUUACGGUGGUGACUCACUUGCCAAGGCUGUUGGUACGUCAUGGGCUUCUGUGAGUCAACCAGCAGCUGAAACUGAAUGUGGAGGGGUUGGUGAAGAAGAUGAUAACGACGAUCUGUUUGGUGACUAACUGAUUUUGAACACUGAGAUUCCUUUAAGUAACUCUUCUUCUUCUCUAAUGCCUACAUUCCAUUCCAAAGGCAUUGGUAUGUUGUUUCCUCUUUGUCUAUCCAAUGGCUGCAGCAAGAAAAGAGAGCAGCUCUAAGCCCAGGCCCAUUGUCUUGUGUUAUAAGUAAGAACCCUGAAAUUUGAUAUGAGCUUGAGCCUGGUCAGUGGUCAUUCUAGUUGUGGGUCUUAACAGGAGAUGCAUUACAUAGAUAGUCAUUACAAAUAGUGUGGAGAGUAGAGAGUAGGGCCAAUGCAAAUGGAGUGCAUUUGAUUAGACCACUACUGACUUACAGAUUCUCUCCUCAAGGCAGACCAAUUCCAUCAGAAGAGGACAUUUGUACUCAAAUACCUCUCCUCUCAUUCUUUUUCACUUUUGCCUUUUUGCAUUAUUAAAACAGCACACUAAUGAUGUGGGUUGACUUCCCUCUCCCCCACAAAAACAGAGAUUCCAUGGGGGGAAAUGGACAACAAGUAAAACACUUGUAAAAAUGGUAAUCUGCCUCUGAUGCUUUAAGAUAUGAUUUGGGGAUCAAUGCAUCUUUGCUUUGGGAUUUGCUUUGUGACAGUUAGUAUAAAGAAGAGAGAAGCUGAAUGUGCUGCAACCAAAUUAAAACUCUCUUUUGAGUUAAGCCUAUAUCCAACUCCUACUCUUCCUAGUGUGGUCCAUUGUAUUUAUCAUAAGAGUAAACUCGCUUGUAAUAAAUUAUAGUAGGGAAAGGUGGAAGACCCACUUUUGUUUCUCACUUUCUUUCUGUUUGGUGAGAAGUUGUUUUCCUUAUGCAAAAGAUGGAAUGCAUGAAGGACACUUGUGUCUGGCUUUUUAUUUAUUUUGGUUGUGGAUACUUUCAUGAUAUACUUUACGACCUCAACCCUUUAAU